AUGCAGUUCUGUAGGUUUAUUUCCCUGAAGGUGUCCAAUAUGCAGUCUAUUGCUGGUAGCCAAGCAAAAGGUGUGUCUCGACCUCAACACCUGCAUCUUGUGGCUGUUCGCAAACGGACAUACCGACCAGGCUUGCACACCAACUUCGUUACUCACACUUCCCCCCCAUCGUCUUCCCUGCCAAAACAUGAUCGCCAUCUGAAAUGGUUGUUUUGGGUCGUGGCAAGGAAUUCACAAGCUUUUGCUUGGCUGAGCUGGCAACGGAGGAGAAACGAAUGUGAAAGAUUUAAUUGCUGGCGAAAUCCCACUAGCUACACUUGUUGUCACAGCCCAUGUCAAUCCAUCCACCCAUGUUGGUCGGUGAAGGUUUCGAAGACGGUAGGGUGUAAGAAGAACGAAGAUGGGAAAGGGGGAUACUUUGCGAAGUCUGCAACAAUUGAGCUCAACAAUUUCUUCACAGAAACGACGAACCGCAAGAGAAAGACAAAAAUCAGGGCAAGAGGGAGAAGGAAGAAAGGAGGAAACUUGAAGGCGCGGAUUCAUUCACCCCUUCUCCGCGGUCGCUCCUGCCCUCAGAGGUGGAAGACUCCGCGUUUGAUUGGGCAUCUAAAGCCAGCAACUCGCUGGUGUCUGGAUUUCUCCGACUUACAUCUACUAGGCCCUUCCUACCCCGCCUGUGUUAUUUGCCGCCAGCGAUAUUUCGAACGUCUGGGUUGGCUUCACAAUCUCGUUUUCUGGCUGAAUUGGCCAUGA